AUGGCGUCCUCCGGCGCCGGCGGGGAGCCGUCGAGGUCCGCCAUUGUGGCCGACACGGCGAGCGGGCACCACCUUCUCACGAUUCAGGGCUACUCCUGCACCAAGGACCUUCCCACCGGAGAGAAGAUCAGUUCCCGGCCCUUCACAGUCGGCGGCCACCGCUGGCGCAUCGACUACUACCCUAACGGUGUAAGCUCGUCGGCCAACAGCUGCAUAUCCCUCUCCCUAGUCCUCGACGAAAAGGUCGCGGCGGAUGUGAAGGCGAAGUACAGCUUCUGCCUCGCCGGCGAGGUGGAGGAAAAACAAGCGGCGCGCCUGGCGUCGGCCACGGUGAGCACAUUCCCUUCCAAGAGCUGUAGCGUUCUCAACUGGUACUCGACCUUCAUCAAAAGGGAGGACCUGCAGAGCUCCAAGAACCUGAAGAAUGACUCGUUCACCGUCCGGUGCGACAUCGUCGUCGUCCACCGUUACCUCGUGGAGGACGCGCCGCCAGGCUUCGUCUCCGUGCCGCCGCCGUGCGACCUGCGCCGGGACCUUGCCAAGCUCCUCGAGACUGAGAAAGGUGCUGACGUGGUGUUCGAGGUCGGCGGCGAGACCCUCGCUGCUCACCGGUGCGUGCUGGCGGCCCGCUCGUCGGUGUUCGCCGCUGAGCUCUUCGGACCAAUCAAGGAGGGCAAUGCUGCUGCCGCCGGUAGCCUCGUCGUGCCUGUGGAAGACAUGGAGGCAGAGGUGUUCAAGGCACUACUCCGUUACGCAUACACUGGCUCAUUGCCACAGAUCCGCAAGGAAGACGAAGACGCCACCUGCCAACAUCUGCUCACCGUUGCGGACAGGUAUGGCAUGGAGCGGCUGAAGCUCAUCUGCGAGGAAAAGCUUUGCAAGUACAUCAAUGUCGGCACGGCGGUGACCAUUCUGGUGCUGGCCGAGCAGCACCACUGUGAGGGGCUGAAGAAGGCAUGCUUCAAGUUUCUUGCCACUCCGGCGAAUCUGAAAGCCGUAGUGGCCACCGACGCCUUACAACAACUGAGCACGAGCUGCCCUUCUCUUAUGGUAGAGCUCAUGGCCAUGUCCUUGGCGCAUUCUUAG